AUGAAUUACAAAAAGUCGACACUUUCAAUUUUAAAAGUUAAAAUGACAAAGCCAACAUCUACACCAAUUAGUAAAAGAAAAUCAAAUCAUCAAGGAAAUACUCACGUAGCGCAUCAUCAUCAACUACAUUUAUAUAACUCGGCACAAUCUGCAUCUGCAUCUGCAUCACCGACUACUCAACAACAAGAAGAAGUGGGACAAGAACAACACGACCAACAACAACAACAACAACAACAACAAGAGGAAGAAGAAGAACAAGAAGAAAUAAUAUCUUCAAUGAAGUUUCAGAAAGAUGAUGAAGAAUCUUCACUACUUUCAAAAUUAUCAAUAGUAGAUGAUAAAGUGAACAAAGAUGAUACCGAAAAGGAAAAGGAAGAGAGUACGACUAGUCCGACGACGAGUACUACUCCACCAUCACCAUCACUAUUUGCAUCGAUAUCAACAUCACCACCUACUACUACUACAUCUGCUACCACACCAAUUACUACAACAACAACUACAACAACUAUUGGAAAUACAAAGAAAACAACAACAACAUCAAGUUCGACUAAAUCAAAAUCAUCGUCUAGAUCAUCAUCAACUUCAUCUACGAUUGCAGACAAGUAUCAUCAGAUCAUGUUGAAUCAAUUAGGAUUGGCGAUGGGUAAUGGAGCACAACAUGCACAUAUGGGGACGAUAACCAAUGCAAACAUGUUGGUUAACCCUGCUACUAUGCAACCUCCACCUACAUCGUCGAUUGGACAGAGUUGCAAGUAUGGCGAACUCAAACAUCGUAGUCUUUUGACACAGGCAUUGUCUCGUACUCUACCUCCAAUUGCUAUUACUGGAAAGGGUCAAAACAUUGCUUUGGCUGCACGAAUGCGAUAUGAUACAAUGCAAAUCAACGAAAAGAUUGAUAUUAUAUUGGGAUUCUGGAAUUUGGUUUCGGAAUUGAAACGAUACACAAUCAACACGUUUGUAAACUCGACUACACAAAGUAUACUAGAUUCAAAAUACACAAACAAAAGUGGAAAGGAAAAAGAUGUAAAUGGAAAGGAUAAUAAGGAAGUUAAUGGUAGUGGAGGUGGAGGUGGAGGUCUAAUCAACAACAAGACAGCUGAAGAAAAGGAACAAUUAUUGUUGGACGAUUUUUACUCUGAUUUUCCAUCAUCAAAGAAACCUCACAAGAAACAAAAGACUGAAAAGAAAGACAUGGCAGAGGAUGAAGAAGAGGCAGAGGAACGUGCAAAGUUGGAUGCACUUUUGCCAAAAGAACAAACUAGCAAAGCCUACAAAAACAAGGGUAAUGAACUAUUUCAAAAGAAACAAUACUAUGACGCACUGUUACUUUAUGGUGAGGCACUUCGUUUGUAUAAUAGUGAACCUACCAAAGACCCACAAAUACUCAUUUCAAUACACUCGAAUAGAUGUUUGUGUUUGGUACAUUUAGAGAAAUUUGAAGAGGGUGCAAUGGAAGCUACACGUGGUCUAGAAUGCAACCCUGAACAGUUGGCACACAAACUAUUGUAUCGUCGUGGUAUUUGUAACUUUAGUCUACGUCGCUACAACAUGGCGAAAAAGGAUUUCCAAGAUGCACAUAAAUUGGUGAGCAAGAUUAAAAUGGAUGGAUCUGAUUUACAAUCGAUUGAAAGUUAUCUUGAAAAGAUUGGAAAGAUCAAAGGUGCUGGUAUAUCAGACAGCAGCAACGACUCGAAUGGCAACGACAAUGGAAAGGAUCAAGAAUCUAUAGACAACCAAAAGAUUUCAAUUGUUGAUAGUCGUGUAUCAUUUAGAUAUGCUUCAGAGAGUCUUGGUCGUAUAGCAGAGGCUACAGAUGAUAUCAAAGCCAAUACAAUCUUAAUCAAAGAGAAUGCAUAUGUUACUUGUUUAGAUCGUGCUUCUUAUUCUUCUCAUUGUCAUAAUUGUUUUAAAGAAACUCUUUCACCUAUUUUUUGUAAAAAAUGUAAUCAUUCACAAUAUUGUAGUGAGAAAUGUUUGAAUCAAGAUUUCAUUAAAUAUCACGAGAUGGAAUGUUCAAUUGGAUUCUUAUUAUUAUGUUCAUCAGAAGGGUUAUUAACCAUUCGUUUAUUAGCUCAAAAAGCAAAAGAAAAGAAAAAGAACAAAGAUAAACAACAACAACAAGAGUCAAAUAAUAAUAAUAAUAAUACCAACAACAACGACAAUAAUAGUAACACCACAAAUCAAAGUCAAAGUAGUCAAACAACAUCAGAACAACAAUAUAUUCCAAAAGUUGAUUCUACCAUUACAUCAAAUGCUUCAAAUAAUAAUAAUAACACUUCUACUCAUAUUGGUGGAAAUAGAGAUUAUGUUAUAAAUAGUGGUACAACAUUGCCAUUAUAUUUUGAAGAAGUUGAUCCAAAUCCAGAAGCUAUUAUUGGUGAUUUAAAACUUUAUCAUCCAAAUUACGAUUUAAUCUAUUCGUUUGAUCCACAUUACAAACAACAUUCUCAUGAAAGAUUGGUAGCACUCAUUAUCGAAGCUUUUCUUAUUCAACGCUUCCUUGUUCAACGUGGUCAUGAAUUGGGAAUUCCAAAGGAAGAUGCAACCAUCCUAACCAUUGUCAGACAUUUAUGUCAACUGUCAUCGUACAUUUACUCGAUUCCAGUGUUUAUUACUCAAGACGAUGAUCAAGAAAGAUGUCAUCAUGGAAACAUUCAACGAUUUAUUCCAAUUAAAAUUGCCUAUGCCAUUUUCCCAGUCUCUUCACUACUCAAUCACUCUUGUGAUAACAAUACCAUCCUCCAGUACAAUGGAUCGUCCAUCACUAUCAAAUCAUUGAAAAAUAUAUCGAAAAAUGAUGAAAUCACCGGUUGCUAUGGUCCUCACGCCUUCCAUUUAGAACUUCGAGAAAGAUUAGAAUGUUUAAAAGAAGAAUAUUUCUUUAUUUGUAGAUGUCAUGCUUGUAAUGCAAAAAUUGGACCAAAUUUAUUAAGAUGUCCAACUCAAAGUUUAGAAUCUGGUGGUGAACAAUGUAAAGGAACAUUAUUGGAAAGAGUUGAUACUAAUAGUUUGGGACAAGAAGAAGAUGACUCGUAUCCAGAAGGUGCUUCGUAUGACGACUACAAUGGUAGAAAGUUUGUUUGUAGUAUUUGUUCUUUGGAGCUUGGAAAGAUGGAUUGCUUCAUGUUGACCUCUCAAUCGGUCAUGUCAGGUGCCAUCUUUAGCAAUGCCACCAAAUUAUUGAUUGACACUGAACACCACCAACCACCUCGCGAGGUAGAAGAGAUGUUGUUCAAGUGUUUGGAGAUUCGUAAACAAAUCUAUCAUGUAAAGAGUAGAAAGAUUGGAGAGGUGUAUGAUGCAUUGUCACGUUACUAUAUUGCCAAAGACAAGUACAAGGAAGCUGUAACCUAUGCCGAAAGAGCCAUCAACAACAUAUUUUUACGUCUGGGACACUCUCAUUCGACCGAAUUGGCUCGCGAGUGGGCCAAACUUGCCAACAUUUACAUUAAUGCAGGCGAACCUGCCAAAGCCAUCAAAGCCAUCAACACAUCCGAGUCGUUGUUGGUCAAGUGGAAGACAGAGCCAUCCGACGACGAAAUACUCGCUCAACUUCACAACCACAAAAAGGUAUUGGAUGCCUCAAAAUUGAUUCCUGGCACCAACAAGGUCGAAAUCAAUCUAACUCAACUUUGGUGUUCUCCAGACUUUGAUUCUGACCAAUUCUUCCAUCGAAUGAUACUCUAUCACAAGGAUAAAAAUAAUUUUGAAAAUAAACUCUAA